AUGGCGGCGUACAGUCGCUCUCCGCUGCUGCUGCUCCUCUUCUCCUCCGUGUUUCUCUGCGGCUUCGGCUCCGUCCUCGGCCUGAAGGCUGCCAGCGGCCCGGCCGAGCCGCCCAACCCGCCCGUCCUCCGGCCCGCCGAUCCCCCGGCCAAGGAUGCACCUGCCGCCGCUGCCGCCGGGGCCUCGCAGCCUCGAAGGGCGACCGGCUGGAAGCUGUCGGAGGAGGAGGCCUGCCGGGAGGACCUGACCCGCCUCUGUCCCAAGCACACCUGGACCAACAACCUGGCCGUGCUGGAGUGCCUGCAGGACCGCAGAGAGGAAAGUGAAAUUGCUCCCGACUGCAACCACCUUCUCUGGAACUACAAACUCAACCUGACCACUGAUCCGAAGUUUGAAUCUGUGGCCACGGAGGUCUGCAAGAGCACCAUCGCUGAGAUUAAGGAGUGUAACGAGGAGGAGAGGGGGCGGGGCUACCUGGUGUCCUGCCUAGUGGAUCACCGCGGCAACAUCAGCGAGUACCAGUGCAACCAGUACAUCACCAAGAUGACCAGCAUUAUCUUCAGCGACUUCCGGCUGAUCUGCGGCUUCAUGGACAAAUGCAAAGAUGACAUCAACACGCUGCACUGUGGCAGCAUCAAUGUCGGACACAAGGACGUCCACUCUCAGGGCGAAGUGAUCGCCUGUCUGGAGAAGGCGUUGGUCAGGGAGGCGGAGCAGCAGGAUGGAGUUCGUCCAAUCAAAGAGGAGUGUCAGAAAGCGAUCCUGAGGGUCGCCGAGCUGUCGUCAGACGACUUCCACCUCGACAGACAUCUUUACUUCUCCUGCAGAGACGACCGCGAGAGAUUCUGCCAGAAUACUCAGGCAGGAGAAGGAAAAGUCUACAAGUGUUUGUUCAACCACAAGUUUGAAGAGGCCAUGUCGGAAAAGUGCCGUGACGCUCUGACCACCCGACAGAAGCUGAUCUCUCAGGACUACAGAGUCAGUUACUCUCUGGCUAAAGCCUGCAAACUGGACCUGAGGAAGCAGCGCUGCAGCCUCGACACCAACCUGCCUCGAGCCCGCGAGGCCCGACUGUCCUACCUGCUGCUGUGUCUGGAGGCCGCCGUGCACCGCGGUCGUCCAGUCAGUGGUGAGUGUCAGGGGGAGAUGCUGGACUACCGGCGGAUGCUGAUGGAGGAUUUCUCUCUCAGUCCAGAGAUCGUGCUUCACUGCCGGACGGAGAUCGAGGCUCACUGCUCCGGACUUCACCGCAAAGGACGAACGCUGCACUGCCUGAUGAGGAUCGGCCGCGGCGACCGAAGCACCGCCGUUGACAGCGUCUGUCAGAGCGCCCUGCAGACGCUGAUCCAGUCGGCCGACCCCGGAGCCGACUAUCGGAUCGAUCGAGCGCUCAACGAGGCCUGCGAGUCCGUCAUCCAGACCGCCUGCAAACACAUCCGCAACGGAGACCCAAUGAUCCUGUCGUGCCUCAUGGAGCAUCUGUACACUGAGAAGAUGGUGGAGGAUUGUGAACACCGACUGCUGGAGCUGCAGUAUUUCAUAUCCAGAGACUGGAAACUGGACCCGAUCCUCUUUAAGAAAUGUCAAGGCGACGCUGCUCGACUCUGCCACACUCACGGCUGGAACGAGACCAGCGAGCUGAUGCCGCCGGGCGCCGUUUUCUCCUGCCUGUAUCGCCACGCCUACCGCACCGAGGAGCAGGGACGACGGGUAAAGCCAGACGAGCAGUUAUCUCGGGACUGUAAGGUGGAGGUCCAGAGGAUUCUCCACCAGAGGGCGCUGGACGUGAAGUUGGACCCGGAGCUGCAGAGACGCUGCAUGACCGACCUCGGAAAGUGGUGCAGCGAGAAGACUGAUGCUGGACAGGAGUUGGAGUGUCUGCAGGAUCAUCUGGAGGAUCUGGUGUCGGCCUGCAGGGACGUGGUGGGAAACCUGACAGAGCUGGAGUCAGAGGACAUCCAGAUUGACGCUCUGCUCAUCAGAGCCUGUGAACCCGUCAUCCAGGCCCACUGCCAUGAUGUAGCCGAUAACCAGAUCGAUACCGGUGAUCUGAUGGAGUGUUUGGUUCAGAAUAAACACCAGAAGGAGAUGAACGACAAGUGUGCAGUCGGUGUUACACAUUUCCAGCUGAUUCAAAUGAAGGAUUUCCGGUUCUCCUACAAGUUCAAGAUGGCCUGCAAGGAGGACGUUCUGCGUUUGUGUCCAAACAUCAAGAAAAAGGUCGACGUCGUCAUCUGUCUCAGCACCACGGUGAGGAACGAUACGCUGCAGGACGCCCGAGAGCAGCGAGUUUCUCUCAAGUGUCGCAAACAGCUGCGAGUGGAAGAGCUGGAGAUGUCGGAGGAUAUUCGGCUUGAACCGGAGCUUUAUGAUCCCUGCAAGUCUGACAUCAGUCGUCUGUGUCCCAACGUGGCCUUUGGAAAUGCUCAGAUGAUCGAGUGUCUGAAGGAGCAGAAGAAGCAGCUCAGUCAACGUUGCCAUCAGAGGAUCUUCAGGCUGCAGGAGGUGGAGAUGAGCGACCCAGAGCUCGACUACCAGCUGAUGAGAGUCUGCAAGCAGAUGAUCAAGCGGUUCUGUACUGAUGCAGACGCCAGAAAUGUCCUUCAGUGUCUGAAGCAGAACAAGAACAGCGAGCUGAUGGAUCCAAAGUGUAAACAGAUGAUCACCAAGAGACAAAUCACACAGAACACAGACUACAGAUUGAACCCGGUGCUGAGGAAAGCUUGUCGAGCCGACAUCCCAAAGUUCUGUCAGUCCGUCCUGAACAAGGCGAGUGAGGACAGCGAGCUGGAGGGUCAAGUCAUCGCCUGCCUCAAGCUGAAAUACGCCGACCAGAGGUUGUCUCCAGACUGUGAGGACCAGAUCAGAGUGAUUCUGCAGGAGUCGGCGCUCGACUACAGACUGGACCCUCAGCUGCAGAUGCACUGCUCAGAUGAGAUCUCCAGAUUGUGUGCUGAGGAGGCGGCGGCUCAGGAGCAGACUGGUCAGGUGGAGGAGUGUCUGAAAGUCAACCUGCUGAAAAUCAAACAGGAGGGCUGUAAAAAGGAAGUCCUGAACAUGCUGAAGGAGAGUAAGGCGGACAUCUUUGUGGACCCGGUCCUCCACACAGCCUGCGCUCUGGACCUCAAACACCACUGUGCCGCCAUCACACCCGGCAGAGGACGACAGAUGUCGUGUCUGAUGGAGGCGUUACAGGACAAGAGAGUUCGUCUGCAGCCUGAGUGUAAGAAAAGACUUCAAGAUCGAAUCGACAUGUGGAGCUACGCUGCAAAGGUGGCGCCAGCGGAGGGCUUCUCAGACCUGGCCGUCCAGGUGAUGACGUCGCCCUCCAAGAACUACAUCCUGUUCAUGAUCGCACUGAGCGUGUGCGUGCUCUUCCUGGUGGGGCUGCUGUGCGGUCGCAUCACCAAGCGAGUGACCAGAGAGCUGAAGGAUCGGUAGAAGACCUGAGAGCUCUCUUCAGAAAGGACUGACUCCUUCCCCACCUUCCUCCUCUUCCUCCUCCUGCAGAUCUGUAACCAGCCAGCCUGCACAGUGCCAACACAUCUGGAUCCCUCCUCUGUUCACCACCAAAUCCUCUCUGUUUGAGCGUCUCUAAACUCACUGAGGCGCCGAUUGUCCGAUUCCCCCCCCCAACAAAUCUGCUUUCGCUGAGGAUGUUUGAGGUCGGACGUGAGGUCGUGUUUUCCGUUUCUAAAUAAGCGCUGUUCUUGAUGUGACUGAGGGCUGCUGCUUCUGAGGUUCGGAUUGCUUUCCACUCGUUCAGCCUUGAUGCUUUUUUUGUGAUAUUUACCUGAGACUGGAGCAUGUAGAGCAACGGAAAGUGACAGCAGCUGCCUGAAUCGCACACAGAAAUCUUGAGGCAAACUUUGCUUUGGUUGAACUCUGAGAAUAUUCCUGUUGCUUUGAGACAUUUUCUCAUCCAUCAUGAAGCUCCAUCCUCUCCACAGGUACGACCAGUUCAGACCCACUUCGCUUGCUACUGACUGAAAAUGAAGGUCAGGCUGGUCUCCGUUAACUGGGAUGUUGUGUGUACAUUUCUUUGUUGUCGUUUUUUUUUUUUUUUUUUUUUUUUUUUAAACAUUCAAAUGCUAAUUUCAUUGCACUUUUUUUUUUACUUUUAUGCCUUAUUUAUUGAUUAAUAACUGAUUCUGAUGAGGUUCUAAUUUGCUUUGAGCCUGCUUGUAUCAACCCGUCACCCCUCUGCGUUUACUGAACCAACACAACCUACCGCAUAGCACACAACAACCUCAUGUUUAAACAGUUUUCAUGCAUAGGAAGUCUUUUUUUGUUUAAAUGUCUGAUAAUUUAUCCAUCAAUAACAUGAUAGAAAACACUUUUAAACCUGAAUUGAGAUGCUGAUCUGUUGAAAUAUUUCCUGUCAGGCCUCAUUUACGUUGCUGGUCUUUGGUGUUUACGCUUCCUUUAAAAUUAUACCAUAUAUAUGCUCAAGAUGACAUGCAUGCAGUGGCCUUUUUUUGGUAGAAAACAGCUAAUUAAACAAUUUUACAUUUUCCACAGACCUUAAUUCAACCAGGCACACCUGUUCUCAACCUGCACGAUUAAUGCUUCUUUUGUUUCUGCUCAUUCUCUCAAAAACUGUCUGGGGAACACACACAGGAAGCACACACAAUCAUUUUUGUGAUUUAAAAUUCUUCUUCAAAAGGCAGAUUUUGAGAUCUGUGCUGUAAAAAAUAUAUACACUUUGCAAUUUAGAACAAUUUAAAACUCCACUAUCAGACACUGACCUUAUUUUGAACAACAGUGAUCAAUACCAGCAGCAGGUGAGAAUUCUAAUCAUUUCAAAUUUACUCCACCAUGAAAAGCACAUUUCUUUCUGUUGCCAGCAGGUGGGGCUGUUGAUGCAUGUAUUCAUGUAAACUUCAGACAUGAGUGAAAACAGUCUGAAAUUAGCACAUACAAACCAGUAAACAUUUCGCACUGGGUCAGUAAAACCAAUAAUAAUAGUAUUAAGUGAUGAACACACUGAGAUACAGAGUACUAGUGAAUUUUACGAUGUUAUUCGUUGAUUUUUGUAACUUUAAACGGAGCCAGAUGCGCAGUUUCUCCAACCUGCAGCUUUUAUGCUAAGCUAAGGUAAUUUAUCAUAAGGACAAAAGGCUACUGUCUCCCCUCCAGUGAGUCACAGUGUGAUUUGUAUUUGACUUGUUGGCAUCACAACCCCUGCAUUAAAUAAAAGUGAAGGUUUUCUUGCAAGGCAGUCAAUCAACGACCAGAAACAGAUGCAAGAAUUACAACAAAAAACACAAACUAACUAAAAGAUUUAAAGGGACGACAGAACAAAGAUGCCGCAACGAUUUGUCACUUUGUUGUCAAGUAUUAAAUCUAAUGCCAACUGUGUUCAUGAUCAAUCAGCCUGAGUAAUUAAAAUCCAAAUUUUCUUAUUUGAACUUGUAGAAAUUAAGUAUUUUUUUCUUCCUCUAUGAGAGAAAACUGAAAAUCUUUGGGUUGUUCACAAAUCAAAACGCUUAAGGGAAGUAGUCUUGCACUGAUCAACAUAUUACACUCUUUUCUGACAUUAUAAAGACCAAACAGCAGAUUCAAUUAAUUAAAAUAAUAAUAAAUACAUUAAUCUACAAUGAAAAUCAACAUUACUUGCAGCCCAAGACCCAAGAUGACAGUGAUGCUAAAUAACUGUAGCUGUAAAAGUAGAUGGAAAAUGACUAGAAGAUGUUAAACAACCACAAAGACACAAAAUGCCUAAAAGGAGAUAUAAAACAUCAACAAAGAUAUGCAAAACUAUGAAAACGAAAUAGGGAUAAAGAAACACAAAACAUCUAAAAAUUAUCCAAAACUACCAAAAAGAUGCAACAUACCUAAAAAGUGAAACAGAAUUACAACAAAGGGAUGUAUAAUGGCUACACAAUGAUGCAAAUUUACUAAAAAGAAAUGCUUAACGACCACAGAGAUACAAAAUAAGUGAAAGAUGUAAAACAACUACAACAGAGACAAGAAAGCUACAAAGAAACACUUGAAAUCCAAAGAGGAUGUGAAAAACACAACUACAAAGUGGCUACAGAUUGAUGCAAAAUGACUAAAAACAAAUGCUAAACAACCAGAGAUGUGACUUAAUUUUUAAUAAAAAAACACAUAAAAAGACCACAAAGAAACACAAAACAUCUAAAAAGGAUCACAAACACUCAAAAUAACUAAAAUGACAUGUAAAACAACUACGAAGAGACACAAAACAGCUACAAAAUGAUGCAAAUUUAGUUGACUCAAAUGCCAAAACAACUUCAGAGACGCUAGAUAACUGAGAUGAAAUAUAAAGUGACUACAGAGAGACAGAAAACAGCCACAAAGUGAUGCAAAAUUACUAAAACCAGAUGUUGAACAACCACAGAGACACUAAAAAACUAAAAGAUGAAAAAAAAACCCAAAGUCAUCUGGUGUUUCAGGCUGCAGGUGUUGCUGUUUUUACAUCUCUGCAUCCUGGAACCUGUUGCCUCAUAACAUAAAGCCCAAAAAUAAAAGUUUGUAAUCAUGCAUCUGGACACAACUCCUGCUAAAAGUAUCAUUUUGACAUUUCUGUUUUCAUACAAAUGAAACAAGAUUUAACAUGUUAAUAAGUAAGAUUUUCACUGAAUGUUUUCAGACGUUGUCCCGUUUAAGGAAUACAUAAAGUAGAAAUAUUCAAGAUUUUCUAUUGACGUCGGAACAAAAUCGCAUCAAAACCAUGACCCCUCGCUCAGUAUUUCACACAUUUAAACCAUAAACGUAUUAUUGCUUUGCAGAAAGGUGACAUGUAGCUAAAACGAGUUGGACAAUUUAUAACAUUUAGUUUUUUUCCCAAAUAACUAAUAUUUAAUUUUGCACUUUAAUUAAUGGACAUCACAUCUGCAGAGCCUCAUUUAAUAAUUUAAAUAUUUCUCAUCAGUAACCUGAAGUUAUUUUAACAAACGUUUUGCUGCUGUGAGGGAUAAAAGAGCAAACAGGUGAAUAACGGGCAGCAGAUACACAAUAUUUUCUGCUCGACUUGAAAAACAUUUCUAACCACAUUCUAAGAGGAAAAAGGAAAACAUCCCGGAACAACAGUUAGAUAGAAACCAACAGCUCGCUGCUUUGAGCUUUUCUAAAUUUUCUUUUUGUUUCUGUGUCAGAUGUUGAAUGAAAGAUAUGGAAACAUCUAUCAUAACGAGUUUUGUACGCAAGUCUCUACGUGUAGAAACUUUAUCGGUGUGCAGUUUUGUUCUUUUUAGAAUAUGCCAUGUAAUAUGAAGAUGUAACAGAUUUAUCAUUGUGAGAUUUGAUUUUGCUGUACAGAUAAAAUUUGUCAAUUUAAUAAAAAUGUCUGCAGAUUUUCA